UAGCUAAACCUAUGAAUUAGCAUUGAAAAAAAAUAACUCGUGUAAAGUGUUGGCAUGGAACAUGUAACUUGCGCAUUUAAAUGAUAUAACUUGUGUAAAGUGUUACAUAUUUAAUUUGUACUGGCUUUAUUACAAAAGCAUUCAACUGCUGAUUAACAGCUGUAGAAGGGCAUUUUGGUCUAAUUUGUAACCCUACUAUAUAAAAGCAUGCACCCUAGGGGGUUUGUUUCCACUUGUUCUCCUUCUUGGUUUCUUCUCUACUUAGAUUCUCUACUAGAAUUCUACAUAUAUUUUUUGUUUGUCUUCACAACAAGCUCUUCGAUGACAUGCUGCCAUGUUUAAAACGGUAUAUGUCAGCCGUCUACUUAGCAUUUGUUGUCAUUAUCAUCUUUGGAUAAGCCAAUACUGAAACCCAUUUUUUUGCCUUUGGCAUCAAUAUCCUACGUGUUGUUUCUAGCCUGCUACGUGUGUUUAGAAUAUAUCUCCAAUUAUAUAUUUAAGCAUCCACUAGGCUAGCUUCUGUCGUCUGCAAAACAUGAAAAGUAGGUCUAAUUUGUAUGGAGUCGUGAACUGCAUUGAUUACAUCUUGAGUAAUGCUAUAAACGGAAAUCUUGCGUGGUUUGUUGGACACAUUUGCUUAAGUAAUUAGAUUUUGAUCGUUUUUUAACGAAGAGAAAAGGAUCGAUGUGGGAGUUAAAGAUAGCGGAAGGGGAUGGCCCUUAUUUGUAUAGUACAAACAACUUUGUUGGUAGACAAUUUUGGGAAUUUAAUCCAGAUGGUGGAACUCCAGAGGAAAAGGAAGAAAUCGAAAAGGUUCGGCAGAACUUCAAAGAUAAUCGAAAGAAAGGAGGAUUUCAUGCUUGUGGGGAUCUCCUAAUGCGGAUGCAGCUAAUGAAGGAAAAUGCAAUCGAUCUUACGAGCAUACUUCCACUGAGACUAAGUGAAGGUGAACAAGUGAAUUUUGAAGCUGUAACAACUGCAGUAAAAAAAGCAGUUCGAUUACAACGUGCAAUCCAAGCAAAAGACGGACAUUGGCCGGCUGAAAAUGCUGGCCCCUUAUUUUUCACUCCUCCACUUUUAAUUGCUUUAUACAUCAGUGGUACAAUUAAUACAAUCUUAACUGAAGAACAUCAGAAAGAAAUGAAACGAUACUUCUACAAUCACCAGAAUGAAGAUGGGGGAUGGGGGUUUUAUAUUGAGGGACACAGCACGAUGAUUGGAUCUGCACUGAGUUAUGUAGCACUACGCAUAUUAGGAGAAGGAGAAGAUGGAGGAGAUGGUGCAAUCGCUAAAGCCCGCAAGUGGAUACUAGACCAUGGCGGUGCAAGCUCUAUUCCCUCUUGGGGGAAGGUUUACCUCUCGGUUCUUGGAGUGUAUGAAUGGGAAGGAUGCAACCCAUUGCCACCAGAAUUUUGGCUUUUCCCAUCUGCAUUUCCAUUUCAUCCAGCUGAGAUGUGGUGCUAUUGUCGGACAACCUACAUGCCCAUGUCAUAUUUAUAUGGGAAAAGAAUCCAAGGACCAAUUACCCAUCUGAUUUCAUCAUUACGAAAAGAAAUUCACCCUAUUCCUUUUGAGGAUAUUAAUUGGAAUAAACAACGGAAUAACUGUUGCAAGGAGGACUACUAUUAUCCACAUUCAUUUCUACAAGAUGCAUUGUGGCAUAGUCUUCACUAUAUUACUGAGCCGAUUGUUAAAUAUUGGCCAUUUUCUAAACUACGAGGAAGAUCUCUUAAUAGAGUUGUGGAAUUAAUGCGCUAUGAAUCAGAAGAGACUAGAUACAUGACCAUAGGAUGUGUUGAAAAAAGUCUACAAAUGAUGUGUUGGUGGGCUGAGAAUCCAAAUGGUGAUGAGUUCAAAUAUCAUCUAGCUAGAGUUCCAGAUUACUUGUGGAUUGCAGAAGAUGGAAUGACAAUGCAUAGUUUUGGUAGUCAAUUGUGGGAUUGUGCUCUUGCAACUCAAGCAAUUAUUGCAAGUAAUAUGACUGAUGAAUAUGAUGAAUGUCUAAAAAAGGCACACUUUUAUAUAAGAGAAUCACAGGUGAAAGAAAAUCCUUCAGGAGAUUUCACCCAAAUGUGUCGACAAUUCACUAAAGGGUCAUGGACCUUCUCCGAUCAAGAUCAUGGUUGGACUGUCUCUGACUGUACAGCUGAAGCACUAAAGUGUCUAUUGUUACUAUCAAACAUGCCACAAGAAAUAGCCGGAGAAAAAGAUGAUAAUGCUCGACUGUAUGAAGCAGUGAAUGUGCUUCUUUACAUGCAAAGUCCUAUAAGCGGAGGAUUUGCUGUUUGGGAGCCGCCAAUUCCCAAACCAUUUCUACAACUUCUUAAUCCUUCAGAGGUUUUCGCGGAUAUAGUUGUUGAGAAAGAGCAUGUGGAGACCACAUCUUCCAUUAUCGGAGCUCUGAUAGAAUUCAAACACGCCCACCCAAGACACAGAAAGGAAGAGAUAGAACACUCAAUUUCAAAUGGAGUACGCUAUCUUGAGGAAACACAGUGGUAUAAUGGUUCAUGGUAUGGUUAUUGGGGAGUAUGCUUCAUAUAUGGAACAUUCUUCGCCCUAAGGGCAUUAAGUAGUGCUGGAAAGACAUAUGACAAUAACGAAGCAGUUCGUAAAGGUCUCAAAUUUUUACUUUCAGUACAAAAUGAAGAGGGAGGUUGGGGAGAGAGCCUCCUAUCUUGCCCUACUGAGGUAUAUACACCGCUGGAUGGAAACCGAACUAAUUUCGUGCAAACAUCAUGGGCUAUGCUUGGCCUUAUGUUCGGUGGGCAGGUGGAAAGAGAUCUGAUGCCUUUACAUAAAGCAGCAAAGCUAUUGAUUAAUGCUCAAAUGGAUAACGGUGAUUUUCCUCAACAGGAAAUUACAGGAGUAUACAUGAAGAAUUGUUUACUGCUUUAUGCACAAUACAGGAACAUUUUUCCACUAUGGGCACUUGCUGAGUAUCGUAAACGUGUUUGGUAGUGUAAAAAAACAGUUAUUCGAAUAUAAGUUAUGAUAGGAGAUGGUGGUGUCUAAUCCUAUGGUGUAAUAUUCGCGAAAGAAAUAUACAGAUGAAUUAUUUAUGGUAUUUUUCAGGA